GCUCACACUUUCUAUUGAUUCCUCUGAUCCCUCCCACCCACUGGAAGCACAUGGAGCCAGACAGAGCCGGGCAUACUGCAAGCCCUGGGAGGCGUGGGGUUCCGAGGCAGCAAGUAGGCGCUUAGGGGUGGGUGGGAAGGUGUGGGACUGGAGAGACAGCCUGAGGAGAAUAGGCAGUUUUAUGUGAGCAAAUGGGAGGAGUGUAAGAGAGCGUUCAUGUAGUACUGCUGUACUUCUGACACAGGAUUUCCCCUUGCAGAAUUGAUCCUGUUCGCCAGUGAAGGAGACCGGGAUUCCGCUGGAGCGAUCCGAGAGCCACGGUGACGCGGUUGCUUUAUUUGGAGGCGCGCUUGUGAUUGGCGCAGGUCUGUGCAGUGAGUUAGCGGCCAGCGAGGGAGUGCGCAUGUGAUUGGUGCAGCUUUGUGCAGUGAGUUAGCAGCCAGCGAGGGAGUGGGCUGGGAUGUGUAUGUGAAGUGGCACACGCAGGAGGCAGGCAGUUCUGCAGGAUCUGUCAUGACGCCUUCUUAUUAGAGGGAGGGCAGGAGGAAACACAGCGGCGCAGACAAGACUGUGGGAAAGCAAAGCGUGAAAGCGCAACUCUGCGCGGCUGUGGUUGCUGGGAGAAUCGCCAUGUGUCACUGGGCACCUCUGCAGAGUCGCACUGCUGCUGUCACACGCACCUUGUAUAAAAGUCACUUCUGUGCCUUUAUUAGGAAUUAAAUGGAAACUCCUUUUUCUUCCUCAAGUGUCUCAGCCUGGGCUUGAAGGAGCAAGCUUCCAGUCCCACCACUGCAUUACUCCUACUGGUCCCCACAAGGGUCGCUUCCUGUGCACAUUACAGGGGGUGUAAUAUAUAGAUUGUUUUUUUUAUAAAGGGAAUACUUGCAUUUCUUUUUAAAGUCAUGGAGCGAAGAAGUUCAGCAGACCUGUGCCACCCUCUUUUGGAAGUAAAUACAAUGCCAGACAAGGUGCUCAAGGAGGAGAAAAGAUUUCACUUGUGGUACAUUGGGUGGUCUUCCCUAGACCGUCGGACAACCUUGCCAAUGCUUCCAUGGCUUGUAGCUGAGAUCCGCAGAAGGGCAGAAAGGCAAGACCCUCCAGGAUGUGCGGCACCUUGCAGAGAAGUCAAUCUUUUGCUAGUUACCCCACACAUCCGCUGUGUGCCAGCGUUGAAUGGCGCCAAUGCCAACAGUGCCGUCUUCAUCUUUGAGCACAAAGCACAGCAUAUAUCCCGCUUCAUCCACAAUAGCCAAGAUCCUUCUUAUUUUGCCUAUCUGAUUAAGACUCAGCCUGACAACCCUGAAUCUGAAAUGGCAUGCCAUGUGUUCAAGGCCAAUACCCCAAGACAGGUUUCUGAUAUCAUCAGCAGCAUACGUCAAGUCUCCAAAGUUGCACUGAAAGAAGAUUCCAAGCCUUGCAGAGAUAGUGAAGAUGCCUUUUAUAAUUCACAGAAGUUUGAAGUGUUAUACUGUGGGAAAGUAGUAAUUGCAAAUAAAAAAGCACCAUCUACCCUUGUUGAUGACUGUAUUGAGAAAUUCAGCCAACAUGAACGCCAGCGUCUAAAGUCAUUAAAUGAACAGCAGAGCGCAGAAUGCAGCACUGAUUUUUCUUUAGCAGAAAUCGAUGUCCCAGGUUCCCCUUCUGAUAUGUUUCUGGAGCAGGACUCUGAAAAUAAUUUCAUCCCUUCUUCUGAGCAUCAUUCAGGGAUGUUUACAGUUGGCAGUCAAAGCAAUCUGAUUGGUUCACGAGUAACAUUUCCUGAGAGGAUUUUAGAAGACUCUGGCUUUGAGGAUCAGCAAGAAUUUAGAACUCGGUGCAGUAGUGUUACAAUUCACAAAAGAGCCCAGGAUAAUAAAAUACAGCCAAGAAGAAGGCAUGCAAGUGCCCCAAGCCAUGUUCAACCCACUGAUUCAGAGAAGAAUAGAACAAUGCUCUUUCAGGUUGGACGUUUUGAAAUCAAUCUCAUAAGCCCUGAUACUAAAACCGUGGAGCUUGAGAAGAAUUUCAAAGAUAUAUCAUCAUGUUCUCAGGGUAUUAAACACAUUGAUCAUUUUGGGUUGGUCUGCCGUGAAUGUGUGGAGCCUGGGAUAAAUCAGUACAUUUGUUAUGUUUUUCAGUGUGCAUCUGAAGCAUUGGUGGAGGAAGUCAUGCUUACUUUGAAGCAGGCAUUCAGCACUGCUGCUGCCUUACAGAGUGCAAAGACCCAGAUCAAGCUAUGUGAAGCGUGCCCUAUGCAUGCCUUGCACAAGCUUUGUGAACGAAUUGAAGGCCUUUACCCACCAAGAGCAAAGCUUGUAAUACAAAAGCAGCUGUCUUUGCUGACUGAUAACGAACAAGCAGAUAUCUUUGAACGUGUCCAGAAAAUGAAGGCCACCAGUGACCAAGAAGAAAAUGAGCUUGUGAUUCUGCAUCUAAGGCAGUUAUGUGAGACAAAACAAAAGACCCAUGUUCAUAUAGGAGAAGUGCAACAGAAUCUGCCAUGCAACACAGUUCCAGAAAAUGCAGCUCCAAGUGGCAGAUUUAAACUGGAUAUUCUGAAGAACAAGGCUAAGAAAUCCUUGACCAGCUCUUUGGAAAAUAUCUUUUCAAGGGGAACAAAUAAAAUGAGAGGACGAUUGGGCAGUAUGGACAGUUUUGAACGUUGUAACAGUUUUACAUCUGACAAGGACGGAUCACCCGGGGACUCACCUCCUGCCACACCACCAUCUUCCCCUGUGUCCUCUUCCUGCCCGCCAUUUCCAGAGGAAGAUCCCGACUCACCUAAGGUUCGCAGACGAGCUCACACUUUCAGCCACCCCACAUCCAGUGGCAAGCGGAGGAUAACAUUUCCUGACAGUAAAUCACCGAGUGCCAGGUUCCCCCUCCAGAGACAGAAUUCCUUAGCAAAUGAUGUGGGACAAAGCAGCCCAGUUCCUAUCGCUCGGCGAUUUCGCACUGAGAGUGAGUCCUCGUCCUCCAGUCUCCCCUCAUCCUUCUCUGCCCCUUCUUUUCUGAAAAAUUUUUACCAGAAUUCAGGGAGACAUGUCCCACAAUCUGAGAAUGACACCCCCAAGAGUGAAAGCGAAGGACGAAGGAGAACAUUUUCUUCAUGUAGCAACGACUCAUUAAAUGCUAGUGGGUCCUGUCUAAUACCACAUCGAAUAUCGUGGCGGCAGCGGAUUUUCCUCAGGGUAGCAUCUCCAAUGACCAACUCUCUAUCAGAUAUGCAGCAUAAAGGCCAGCUCGAUGUGAACGACUUGCUGCCAUUAUCUCCUCUUCCUCCUGCAAUGGAAGAAGACCCUCUAGCUGCUCUUCUUCAGGCAGAAGACUCGGCACUACAAUCAGAAGGGAAGCGAAGCUCUGAAGACUUUCAGAACCUGUGGAAGAAAGCAAUACAUCAGCAGAUAUUGUUACUACGGAUGGAAAAGGAGAAUAUGAAGCUUGAAGCAAGCAGAGAUGAACUGCAAUCCCGGAAAGUCAAAUUGGACUAUGAAGAAGUUGGAUUGUGCCAAAAAGAAGUCUUAAAUCUUUGGGAUAAGAAGUUAAACUGCAGAACAAAGAUUCGGUUUGAUAUGGAAGAGAUUUUUGCCACUCUUAAAGAAGGUGUACCGAAAGGCAAGCGUGGAGAGAUAUGGCAGUUCCUUUCUGUGCAGUAUCGGCUGAGACAUCGGCUACCAAGCAAACAGCAACCAUCUGAUGUUUCAUAUAAUGAUCUUCUCAAGCAACUUACAGCUCAGCAGCAUGCUAUUCUUGUGGAUUUAGGAAGGACCUUCCCCACCCAUCCCUACUUCUCUGCCCAGCUGGGAGCAGGACAGUUAUCACUGUAUAAUCUUCUCAAAGCAUACUCAUUAUUAGACAAAGAAGUUGGUUACUGCCAGGGAAUAAGCUUUGUGGCCGGUGUACUUCUCCUGCACAUGAGUGAACAGCAAGCUUUUGAAAUGCUGAAAUUUCUCAUGUAUGAUCUUGGCUUCCGCAAGCAGUACCGCCCUGAUAUGAUGUCGCUACAGAUUCAGAUGUACCAGCUUUCCCGGCUUCUCCACGACUACCACCGAGAUCUUUAUAACCACCUGGAGGAGAAUGAAAUCAACCCAAGCCUCUAUGCAGCCCCUUGGUUUCUCACACUUUUCGCUUCACAGUUUCCCUUAGGUUUUGUUGCUAGGGUUUUUGAUAUCAUUUUUUUACAAGGGACUGAAGUCAUUUUCAAAGUGGCUCUUUGCUUGCUCAGUAAUAGCGAAGCACUUAUUAUGGCCCGGGACAGCUUUGAGAGUAUUGUGGAUUUCCUGAAGAGCAUGAUACCAGAAAUGACAAAUGAAACCAUGGAAAAAAUUAUUACACAGGUUUUUGAGAUGGACAUUUCAAAGCAACUCCAUGCUUAUGAGGUUGAGUACCAUGUCAUAAAUGAUGAGAUGCUGGAGGCUUCCAUUCCUUCUGAUGACAAUGAGUCCUUCCACAAGUUGGAAAAAUCCAAUAAUCAGCUUAAGAGACAGAACAUGGAUUUACUGGAAAAACUUCAGGUAGCACAUACGAAGAUUCAGAGCUUGGAAUCCAAUGUGGAAAAUAUUUUGUCCAGAGAGAAUAAACUGAGAAAUGUAGUCCGAUCGAUGGAAGAGGAAAGAUCAGCUUAUCAGAAUGUGUUUGAGCUCAUGAAAAAAUAUGUGCCGACCAAUGUUCUGACAGACUGUGAACUCUUGCUGAAAAAUACCACAUGUAGUCCUAACAACAGGACCAAGGCUGGAAACAAGCAAUAAGCUGUGGCUGUUUGGCUGCGCACCUACUCUGUGUCUUACCAACGAAAAGUUGCAAAAUGUUUUUGGAAGGAGGAAAGUGCACAAUGCGUGUAGAGCCUUGUGCUUUUACCAAGUGGAGGGGCUUGGGCUGCCACAUUAAAGACUGAAGUUAACACUAUUGUAAUGAUCUGCAGUAAGGUGGAAAAUGCCUGUUACUUUAUUAUGCAAAAUCCACGGUUUCACAAAAAUCUUAUUGCACACCAGGCCAGAAGGUGGCAUGAGAUUUGGUUUUUAUCCAAGAUGUAUAGAUAUAAAGCCACUGGAAUGCACCAAGAGUCAAUGUGUGAAGUACAUAUAUUUUUUUCACUCUGCAAUGUCAUUAACUGUCGUUGUAGAAAAAGUAUAUAAAUGUAUUCAAAAAUACUUGAAAAAAAAAAAAGUGAAUGUAAUUUUCCAAAGAACAGCAUGUCUCACAUUGCUGGUAUGACAUUUGUAUAAAUUGUUCAUGUUCCUGUC